CUCCCUCUCAGCAAGCAGCGUGCAUUAUAUCACUCGCAGCUGCACGGCUGCCUCCUUCAUCCGGAGCACAGAAUAGAAUUUUCCCCAAUUCAGUUUGAAGCCAGCACGUCAGGGGGUAAGUAAGUCACCCCCAUUGAUUUUUUGCAAACUAAGAUGGGCGUCAUAUCCCGAGGGGUCAACAUUAUCAUCCAGCACGGCCCCUAUGCCGUCACAGCUAGUACUGUGCAGGCUGGGACUCGUGCUAAUGUCCCGGAUUGGGAUUCGCGCAGCCAGACCGUGGACAACAGUUCAUCAUCUCGUUCUGGAAGCAUCCUUUAUAAGAAACAUGGUAUUUUUUUUCCGCUCUUCCAUCUUGCCGUUCUAUCGAGACAUUUCAAAGAGUUCAGUCUCCACAACGACGAGAAAUAUUGGGAGACAGUUAAUUCACAUUUCGUGAAGGCACGAACCACAAAAAUGUACAUCAGAGGCACAAAUGAAAUAUUUAACACAAUAGACUCAGAAGGGGGUGACAUCUUGACGCCAAGGGGGGUUUUACUCGAGCCACGUCAUGACACCGAAUAUAACCACUACUUCAGCUGUAAUGAUGUUGCAUUUGACCCGACUAAGUCGGUUUAUGGCACCCAGACUCUUAAGCGCGCUGAUUUUGCUUUUUUCAGCCCGGGUUCAUUCAUCUCUGCCUCCGCUGAUGGGACUAUCAAAAGCUGGACGCCCACGGAAGGGAGUAUCCCCUUCUUUGAGCCGGA